AUGCUAAUAUCUCGGUCAGCUUUACUUCUGGCAUCCUUACCUUGGGCAUCAUCGACCAGCACAACGAGCGCGCCUCCACCCCGGACGACAGUCUCAGUCGAAGAAUUCCUACAAUUAGAGUACGAUGUACUCAUUGUCGGUGGCGGGACUGCUGGUGUUGUUCUGGCAUCGCGCCUGUCCGCGCCUCCGACGGGUAACUCGACGCGUCCUGCGCUGAGAGUCGGUGUCAUCGAAGCAGGUCGUCAUCGUCCGGGAGACCCAUUAAUAGAUGUACCCACCGCCGGAAACCUGCUUGGGAAUGCUGAGGUAGGCACAUUGCUGGGCAAUCCGGAGUACGAUUGGGGGUUCCGGAGUGUGCCUCAAGAGAGCUUGGAUGGCGGCGUUGUUCAAUACCCUCGUGGAAAGGUGUUAGGAGGCUCAACAGCGAUCCAUAGUAUGGUCUGGCAGCGUGCAAAUCGAGCAGAUUAUGAUGCCUGGGCGUAUACCUUUGAGAAUGGCGACGAGUGGUCCUUUGACGCUUUACGUCCGUAUAUGGAGCGCAGCGAGGCAUACCUUCAUUCGGAGUUACCGACACCUCCCCUCACUAUGCCACAUUCCAGCCUCGCUACCCAGCACAGCUUAGAGAGCCAGCUAUCCACCGUGCACGGGCAAGAGGGGCCCGUUCAGAUAUCCUACAACUCGUAUCAGACGGCACUGGAACAACCCGCAGCCCUUUCCCUCCUGCGCACGCUUUCAAACAUCACAGGGUCUACAGUCACCGCCAAUCAUAAUCCCGACGCCGGCGACAGUGUGUCGGUUCCCGCGUUCGGUACCUCACGCUCGGUAUCGCCCCAAACUGGCCUACGGUCUUAUGCCGCGAGCGCAUACCUCGAUGAUGCUGUCGGUGUCUGGGAGCGCCCGAACCUGGCCAUCUUGACGGGCGCCACGGCAUCCCGCAUCGUUCUAAAUGGGACAACUGCUCGUGGCGUCGAGUUCAUAAUCGGCAAUAAUACACAUGUAGUGCAUCUGGCGAAUGGCGGGGAAGUGAUUCUUUCGGCAGGAGCACUGCAAACCCCUCAACUCCUCGAGCUAUCAGGCGUCGGGAACCGUACUCUGCUUGAAGAGCUAGGAAUCGAAGUUGUAGUCGAUCUGCCCGAAGUCGGGGAGAAUCUACAAGACCAUCCGGUGACGCUGUCCGACUUCUCAAUCAAGCCAGGUGUCGAGACCCUGGAUUGGCUUGCGCUGAAUGCCUCACAUGCAAGCCUGCAUAAGCAGCUCUUUCAGGAGUCAAGGACGGGUGCACUCACGUAUACAGCACCUUUGCUUGCCCCAAUACCACUUCAACUUCUCAUGCCACCCGAAGAGGUGACUGCGAUGCGUCGGGAGCUCGACACAUCACUGGCUAAUUUAGCUGAUAAAGAGCGUACCACUCCCAUGCAGCGUGUACAACAUGGCCUGUUGCGAAAGCUACUCGAUGCUGGAGAUGUGGGAUGGAUCGAAAUGGUCUUAGUCCCAAGCGGAGGCAUUGUCAGUCCGCCGACGCUGAGUGCAGGCGGCGCGACGGUGGUAGCCAUUCAGCUGUACCCGUUCAGCAGAGGCUCAGUGCAUAUCAACAGUACAGAUCCUCUCGGGCCGCCUCUGGUUGACCCAAACUUCAUUCCCGAAGAGAUUCCUUGGGAUGCCCAAGUACUUAUCGCCGGCUCGAAGCUAGUCAGGAGAUGGUUCUCCACCCCGCCGAUCGCAGAUCUCGUCGAUGAGGCCCUCUAUCCGCCGACGAACCUCAGCGUUGAUGACAAUGAGGCGGAUUGGGACAGAUACAUGCGCAAAGCGCUCAGGACAACGAAUCAUCCAAUGGGCACCACGGCAAUGGCACCUCGCAAGAUGGGCGGCGUCGUGGAUCCCCGCCUCAAGGUGUACGGACUGUCGAACGUUCGCGUCGUAGAUGCUGGAAUUAUCCCAAUAACGGCCGGCGUGGCGAUACAGCCUACAGUAUAUGCUUUGGCAGAAAAGGCUUCAGAUAUCAUCAGAGCAGAAUGGGGUUUGGACAACGACGUCUGCACCCUUUCAAGCCAGGUCAAUUCACUCCAUCAGUUCAGAAAGUGA